AAAUAGAGUGGUCACUGCUUGCCUUCCCUAGUCCUGGUCAGAGGGAAGCACGGAAGGCAGCCACUAUUUUACGAGUGCAUGAUUUUGCUUUGAGGGGGAGAGAGCAGGAAGUGCCUAGGAAAUGGUUCACGACAGAAACCUGAAGUUGUAAAUAGAAGAGAGAAGGAGGAGAGCUGAGGGAUGCGGCUUGCGAGUAGUUGAGCUCCUGAUACAACGGCAGCAGAGCAAAACCAGACUUCUUCAAGAACGAGCCCGUCCCAGCCCAUUCCGAUGGAAGGAGAGACAGUACCAGCGAGCAGGAGAGCAGCCAGCAAACCCACGCGGAUCGCCCUCGGCGUGUUCGUGGCUGGCACCAUUGCACUUGGCACCACACUUUUUUUGGUUAGCCAAGGUCUUAUAAAAUUUCAUCCAAAGCAACAGUACUGUUUGACUGCAGAAUGCAUUGAAGCUGCCGCUGCCAUCUUAAGCAAGAUAAAUCAAUCUGUAGAUCCUUGUGACAACUUUUAUCGAUUUGCAUGUGAUGGCUGGAUACAUAACAACCCUAUUCCCGAAGACAUGUCAAACUAUGGUGUAUAUCCUUGGCUGCGGCACAACGUGGACCUCAAACUGAAGGCAUUGCUUGAGAAACCGAUCAGCAAAAGACAGGACAGUGAAGCUGUACAGAAGGCCAAGAUCCUUUAUGCAUCCUGUAUGAAUGAGAAUAAAAUUGAAAAAGCUGAUGUGAAACCACUAUUAAGCAUUCUGAGGCAUUCCCCUUUUCGCUGGCCUGUCCUGGAAUCUAACAUUGGACCAGAGGGGCUGUGGUCAGAGAGGAGGUUUAGCUUAGUGCAGACCCUGGCAACACUUCGUGGUCAAUACAGCAACUCUGUCUUCAUCCGUUUAUAUGUGGCUGCUGAUGACAAAGUCUCCAACCGGUAUAUCCUGAAGCUAGAUCAAGCAAGCCUAUCUCUCUCAUCUCGAGAGGAUUACCUAGAAAACACCACAGAAGCUAAAUCCUACCGAGAUACAUUUUUGCAGUUCAUGGUUGACACAGCAGUGCUUCUGGGUGCAAAUGCUUCACGAGCUGAAUCUGACAUGAAGUCAGUCCUAAAGCUGGAAGUUAAAAUAGCUGAGAUCAUGAUUCCAUAUGAAAAUCGAACAAGUGAAGUGAUGUACAAUAAGAUGAACAUAUCAGAGCUUAGUGCAAUGAUUCCACAGUUUGACUGGCUGGGAUACAUCAAGAAGGUGAUUGACACCAAGGUCUACCCUGAGCUCAAAGAUAUAGGUCCUUCAGAAAGUGUGAUUGUCCGUGUUCCCCAGUACUUCAAAGAUUUAUUCAGGAUACUUGAAAAUGAAAGGAAAAAGACUCUUGCCAACUAUCUGGUGUGGAGGAUGGUUUAUUCAAGGCUAUUUAACCUCAGCAGACGUUUUCAGUAUCGGUGGCUGGAAUUUUCUCGGGUGAUCCAUGGAACAACAUCUUUACUGCCUCAGUGGGACAAAUGUGUGGACUUAGUUGAAAGUGCACUCCCUUAUGUUGUGGGUAAGAUGUUUGUGAAAGCCCAUUUUCAAGAAGACAAGAAAGAGAUGAUGGAAGAGCUGACUGAAGGAAUUCGCUGGGCUUUUAUUGACAUGUUGGAGAAAGAAAACGACUGGAUGGACUCUGAAACAAAAAGAAAGGCUCAUGAGAAGGCAAAAGCAGUUAUGGCGAAAGUGGGUUACCCUCAAUUUAUAAUGAAUGACACAUAUAUUAAUGAAGACAUCAAAACACUGAAGUUUACAGAAAGUGACUAUUUUGGCAAUGUAUUACAAACUCGCAAAUAUGCAGCCCAAUCUGAUUUCUACUGGCUUAGAAAAGAAGUUCCAAAAACAGAGUGGUUUACGAGCCCAACUACUGUCAAUGCUUUUUAUAGUGCAUCCACCAAUCAGAUCAGAUUCCCAGCAGGAGAACUGCAAAAGCCCUUCUUCUGGGGAACAGAGUAUCCUAGGUCGUUAAGUUACGGUGCCAUAGGAGUAAUUGUUGGCCAUGAAUUUACUCAUGGAUUUGAUAGUAAUGGUCGGAAAUAUGACAAAAAUGGAAACUUAGACCCUUGGUGGACAACUGGCUCUGAAGAAAAAUUUAAAGAGAAAACAAAAUGCAUGAUUAAUCAAUACAACAAUUACUACUGGAAGAAAGCUAGCUUACAUGUAAAUGGCAAGAGGACCUUGGCAGAAAACAUUGCAGAUAAUGGAGGUUUGCGAGAAGCUUUCAGAGCAUACAGGAGAUGGAUUAGAGAAAAGAGAGGAGGAGAAGAGGAGCCUUUACUGCCAGGCCUUGACUUCACGCACAACCAGCUUUUCUUUCUCAGUUAUGCUCAUGUAAGAUGCAACUCGUUCAGAUCAGAGUCUGCAAGAGAACAAAUAUAUAUUGGAGCUCACAGCCCUCCUAUGUUCAGAGUUAUUGGAGCCAUGAGCAACUUUGAAGAAUUCCGUAAGGCUUUCAACUGUCCGGUAAAUACAAGUAUGAACCGAGGGCCAGAAUCUUGCCGGCUGUGGUAGGCGUCCCUUCUGGAUCUUCUGUCUGCAAGGGUCUGUAAUGUGAACUGCUGUGCCUGAGCUCAAGCUCACUGUAAAAGUUUCAGAAGAACACUCUGCAGUCUGCAGAGGUGUUACUUCAAAUGCGUCUUCCUCAUCCACGUGGAUGAACUACACGGACACUCCUUUUAUCCAUGAAACUCCUCCUGUUCAUCUGCAGUUACAUUGCUGUUGAUGGAUAAAUUACCAAGUCCAAUUCCUGAUUCAUAUUUGAGCAAGAGGUAAAUGCUAAAAUGCAGUUUCAAUCUAUUGCUCUGCAGGGUGGCUAUGCAGAAUGCUCCCGUAUAGAAUUUGCUCUUUCUGGAUGAAGAAAUUAAUGAGAUUUGCUAUAAAGGCAGCUCUGAUAUGCUGCAUGAGACAGCAGUUUCAUAACUUAAACUGUCACUGCCUAGCACUCCAUAAAUGGUCUUGCAUGAUGUAAGAGCCCAGCAGAGGGAUUUCCCAGCACCAUGAUGCCCAGAAAUAUUACAGCACUUAUCCCUAUUUACAGUGUAAGCAUUUAUUUUUCCCCCAAGAGGUAAAUUUGCCUCGUGUUGAUGAUGGCUUUGCCUACAUCUAUUUUUAAGCCUGAAAGAGCUUAAAUUUUAGGGUGUCUUAGUGUCUGCAUCUUACAGAGGAAUACAAGGACUGUAUUCUGGACAGGGUAGGGUGACCUGUAGUUUUGAGGAAAGAAGAACGUGUGACUGAAAAACAGUGUCAACAGCAUUUGACCUAUCUGGGUCAAAAAGCCAUUCUAGAAGCUGAUGACUUUUAAAUACAGCAUAUACACAGGACAUUUGAAUUUUUCACCUGAUUACUAAAACAUUUACAAAAAGAAAUGAGUAAGCAAACAUAUUUUGUAGCAGAUAAAUUUGAACACAACUAUUACUUAAAAGAGAAGAAUAUCAAAAUAGUCCUUUCUUCCUCAACAGAAAUACACAUAUUUAAUUGGUAUUUAUUUAUACCUUGUGCAUUAAUUCAUUUUUGGAUUGUGGAAUCAUUUCAAAUGGAGAGAGGGUUUCUUUAGGAUGAUUGAAUUACUGCAGGUCUAUGUGCCUCUUUGUGU